AUGAAUAUCAUGCACCGUGACCUCCGCUGGGAAGUCGUGAUAAAAUAUAUCGAUAGCGAGAAGUGGUUUAUAAUUGAUUUUAAUGACGCGUGUAAAUUUCCUUCAAGUGUUCCAAAUACGCAAUUGGCUAAAGAGAGUCAUGCACCCAAGGUUUUUCAAAGUUAUCAUAAUGACAGUGUAGAUGUUUGGUCUGUAGGGUACUUGAUUCAGACAGCUUCA